AUGGCCAGUUUUUUAAAUGUGCUUCUGAUCCCCUCGUAUCAUGUGUUGUGUUGCAAACAUGUAGCUUGUUUGCCGUUGGGCAGCUUGGGCCUCUGUAGAGGUCAUGGACUGAUACCAGCUGUUGUCUCCCUGCAGGUGAUCCAGGCUGUCUUUUUCGGCAUCUGUGUGCUGACUGACCUUUCCAGUCUUCUGACUAGAGGGAGUGGGAACCAGGAACAAGAGAGGCAACUCAAGAAGCUCAUCUCUCUUCGGGACUGGAUGUUAGCUGUGCUGGCCUUUCCCGUUGGGGUUUUUGUUGUAGCGGUGUUCUGGAUCAUUUAUGCCUAUGACAGAGAGAUGAUUUACCCGAAGUUGCUUGAUAAUUUUAUCCCAGGGUGGCUGAACCACGGAAUGCACACGACAGUCUUGCCCUUUAUAUUGAUCGAGAUGAGGACCUCGCACCAUGCGUACCCCAGCAGGAGCAGCGGGCUCGCCGCCAUAUGCACCUUCUCCUUUGGCUAUAUAUUAUGGGUGUGUUGGGUGCAUCAUGUAACUGGGAUGUGGGUGUACCCUUUCCUGGAACACAUUGGCCCAGGAGCCAGAAUCAUCUUCUUUGGAUCUACCACCAUCUUAAUGAACUUUUUGUACCUGCUGGGAGAAGUUCUGAACAGCUAUAUCUGGGAUACACAGAGAAGUAUGGAAGAAGAGAAAGAGAAGCCUAAAUUGGAAUGAGAUCGAAGUCUACAUGGAAGAGAUGCACUGAGCCACCACUGAAGACUCAUUACGCCCGGGGCACUGGCAGUACAGGUAGAGGAAGCCUUGAAGCAGGUGAUAGAAUUGCCUCCACCUCUUGGCCCUAGAGGGAGGACACCUUCUAUAGAAAAAUAUCCUACAUAAGAAUAGAGUACAGUUGUUUCCAAAAUAACUCCCCCUCGUUGUUUGUUAAAGAACUCUUUCCAAAUUCAUGAUUGAUGAUAACAUCUUUUUUCCCCCUCGUCUAGUUUUUAAAACUAAAAUUGGUCACUGGAUUUUAAUUUGUGCAAUUGUAAUACCAUUAAGAAUAAAAUUCUAUUGUUUCUUGUUGAGAAAUUUGUGAGAAUCAAAGGAGCAGGUGUGGAGUAAGGCAUUCACGGAUUCGUCCUACAGUGGCUGGACUAAUGGGCCUGGGCCACAGGGUUAAGUCUGGAGGAAAUGUUGUGGAUGGUCCCUAUGGCAAUAAUGUCAAUGUUGCCGCAAACAGGCAAUGUUAGUAAAAAGUACAUCAAUUUAGUUAAAUACUUGGAUGUUUUUGUAUAUCAUGGGUUAAUCUUCUGAAACUUUUCUUAAAUGCAAACUAUAACUUUAAUAAAGACUAAGCAACCCCUA